ACACUGCACCUACCACAAUAUCUUCCGAGAUUUUUCCUCGUUUGAAAAACGGCAUAAUACGAACGAAAUGGACAAAGUCUGUAACUGUUCAAACUAUAGAAGGUUUACCUCUGCGAUUAAGGAUUCUGCCAUCUCUCAGAGAUAUUGAGGAGGAUAAUGGAAAUUCUUCCAAGAUCUCGAGAUUUUGGAAGUACCUGAGAUUUUUGGGACGAUUGUUAUUAUCGCAAUUCGGCCUUCUUUGGUUACUUGUGAUAUGGACGGUGGCAGGUGCGGCAGCGUUUUGCGCCACGGAAGGACCUCGCGAGCGUGAACAGAUAGUAUCGUUGAAGAAUAUGCAGAAAGAUUUAGCAAUCGGCUUGGCGACAGAGUUGCGGCAAUUGCGAACGGAACGGGAUCAGGAUGUCGAGCCAUUGUGGAGCAAUAAAGUCGGUCAAUAUGUUGUCAAACAUGAGCAACUGCUCUUGAUCGCCGUCAAUUCCGGUUAUGGCGAGGGUGGUAAUAACGGGCAGCUGUGGACAUUUCCUGGUUGUGUAUUAUUCGCCAUAUCGUUAAUUACUACUUUAGGUUUUGGAGCACCGGUUCCGCGAACAACCGCUGGUCGCACAGUAGGAGUGAUUUUCGCUGCUAUCGGUAUUCCUGCUCAUUUCCUUCUUAUAUUGAAUUUCGGUCUUAUGGUGGCUUUUCGCCUACAAAAGUACGUGUUUACCAGACAAGGUGUACAACUCAACAACGCAGAAUCGAGUUAUUCCAGACGUAUGCCUAGAUGGAUCAAAAUAUUGUCAUUUGUUGGUACAGUCACAUACUAUAUUUUGGGAGUACUAUGCUUCGGCAUAGCGCGAUCGAGACCGAUCGCGGCGAGUCUGCUGUUUCCGUUAGACUUCACUGCGGCGGGCGGUCUCUCUAUUAUUGUUGGUCACAUACGAAUACUAUACGGUCUGUAUUUAGAAGGCGCUGUUACUAUCGCGGCGAUAAUCGUAGCUAUAUUACGAGUAUCAACAACACAGAGUCUUACAAACAUUGGCCUCAAGUACGGUCUCCUGACCAAAGAUUAA